GAAUGUCAGACCACCUCUUAACACUGUCACACGGCACUAAUACAACGUAAUCACCUUAGGUGCUAGACAGAAGUUUCUGCUGCUAUUUUUGAGGGCCUUGUCAUAACUAUGGCAAUAAUGAAAUUAUCGGAGGCCACAAAUUUUAACUAAUAUAAUUAAAACUAUACUAAGCGUCAUUUCCAGGAAGUAUUUUAAGCAUCUAAUAAAAAAAAUUCUUAGAAUUUCAUUUCAGUAUUAGGCACUGGAUGUGACUGUACAUUUUGCUGUGUGAAUUCACCUGAAAGAAAAUUGCAGUUAUUUCGUGAUUGUAUUGACGCAAUUCCCACCUUUAACUGUUGUAACUUAAAUGUUAGUAGUAUUUUUAUAACAUUUGGGCAAGAAUUUCACAAUUUAUAUUCACCUUAGCGACAGACUAUAUACGUCUAAGCCAAGUACCUCUACCACUACUGUAUAUACAGAGCUGGGGUGGACCAUUUAAAGUGAUGUAUUGCUUCAAAAUUUGCAUUUGUUUCCCUAAUUUUGUCAGUCAAAGCGGGCCAGUGAUUCUUACAGUAGAAGUGCACUCGUCCAACAUCAACAAGAUAAACUGAGUCUGAUAAUCCUGCACUUCUCUCUCUGGCUCAGGGGUAUAAAUAUAAAUCUCUGCGAGAUACUCCCGUGGCACAACGGGCCCGCCUCUUCCAAAGUAAUCAGAUUAGCGUCAUUUCGGUGGAUGCAAUAUUCGUACGAGAAAAGGCGGGGAACAAAAUCAAACCUAGAAAAGCAACAAAAAAAAAAUUUAUUCUUUGUCAACUUUGUUGGUCAACAAAAUUUAUAGGUCAAGUUUGGUCAAGAGAUAAUCAAUAUGGAACAAUUAAAUGUAGUUUCUAUUUAAACAAACAUAAACCAUCUGCCUCCUAGAGCACUAGAGCUAGAGGUUUAAUCCAGAUUACGACUGUGGCAUAGCUGCUGCCGUUUUUUUUUUUUUUUUUUUCCUUUUGGCCUCUGUUGUCUGCUGUCAGAGUGCCCUUGACUACGCAGCCAGGCAGCCGGCUUGUUAGACAGGCUCUCAUUGGGUUUUCGCUGCUCGGACACCAAUCCAGGGGCGCAAGAGAAAAAACGGGCGUUUUUCUUUUUUUUUUCACCAAAAACAUUUUUGAUAUAAAAGUGAGGUGGACCCUUGAGGCGCGAUGUCUUUCUUCCUGAAGAGUAUGGUCAGCAACCAGGUGAAGAACCUGGGUCUCGGCGGAGAGGAGAAGAGCGAGGACGCCGCCCCGGCUGACCCCGCCGCCGCCGCCGGAAUGACUCGGGAGGAGUACGAGGAGUACCAGAAGCAGCUGGUGGAGGAGAAGAUGCAAAGAGAUGCUGACUUCUUGCAUAAGAAAGCUGAGAGGGCAACUUUAAGGACAUGUUUAAGAGAAAAAUACAGGCUCCCGAAGAGUGAGCAGGAUGAGAACAUGAUCCAGAUGGCAGGAGAUGAUGUGGAUGUGCCCGAGGAGCUGCUGAAGAUGGUUGACGAGGAUGCCACAGAGGAGGAGGAGAAGGACUCCAUUUUUGGUCAGAUACAGAACCUUCAGAACAUGGACAUGGACCAGAUUAAGGAGAAGGCACAGGCCACCCUAACCGACAUGAAAACCAAGGCUGAGGAAAAGUGCUCCAUUAUGUAACACGAGAAACAGCUCCUGCCAGUCUCUGGAUGUCCUUUUCCCCUGGUUCAUGGGCAAUCAGUUAAGCCUGACAGUAUUUUUUUCCAGGCAGGUACUUCAAAAUAGCCAGCCUGGAUUUAACCUCUAAAUUGAUGUUUUAAUCCAUUAGGUUUUUGUAUAAAUUGUCUGAAUAAAAUGUUUAGAUUGUUUCUGCUUCUGUUAAUUGAUCAUUCCUUUCCACAAAUAAAUAUGUUAAAUUUUACCCAUUGUAUAUGCAAACAGGUAAUGUUUCGACAGCAUGUAAUUGGCUUAUUGAUGUGACACCAUAAAGAAAUGUGUGAUGUAUGGUUGACAAUGACGGUGGCGCUGGUUCGCUUAAACAACAGAUCACUUUGAGAAAUCGCUGUUUCUUCUUUGUGAAGUUGGGUACACAGCAGAUCUGCCAAAUCUAUAGUACGUCACAGAGCUCUGAAUUAAAUUAUGAAUGUAAAAUCUGAAAAAGACAUCAAUUGAAAGGUCAUAUGUUCAAGCCAGUAGGACGUGCAUUAGCCUUUGCAAUGUGAAUGAUUGUGCCCAUUGUCCUUAAUAAAUUAAUUAAUUUGUGGAUCACGA